AAUACUUUUUAUAACUGUUUUUAGCAUCAGCGCUGUCACCUCCUCCAGUCACAUCAGCUCCUUGACAGACAAACAGCUCAACAGCUGGUCCAUCUGUCAACAGAGACAGAGUUCAGCGUGAGAUGAGAAGACGGAUAAACUCCAGCGAUGUUGAACCGACGUGUUGUGAGAGUGAGGAAUGCCCUGGUGCGAGAGUGCCUGGCUGAACUCUUGGGAACUUUCGUCUUGCUGCUCUUUGGCUGCUCUGCUGCAGCGCAGGUAAAGACAAGCAGAGAGACCAAAGGUCAGUUCCUGUCAGUCAACAUGGCCUUCUCUGUGGGUGUCAUGUCAGCUAUGUACCUCACCAAGAACAUCACAGGUGCUCAUCUGAACCCAGCGGUGACUCUGAGUUUCUGUGUGUUGGGCCAGGUGCCCUGGGGAAGGCUGGUGCCCUACUCCCUCUCCCAGCUGUUGGGGGCUUAUCUAGCAUCAGGCCUCGUCUACCUUAUCUACUAUGAUGCUAUAAUGGAGUUUAGUGGAGGAGUAUUGACUGUUUAUGGUCCAAAUGAGACAGCGUCUAUAUUCGCCACAUAUCCUUCAGAGUACAUGACUUUGGGCAGAAGUUUCCUCGACCAGGUAGUGGGCACUGGCAUGCUGAUGUUGUGCAUCCUGGGUUUGAAUGAAAAGAGGAACACCCCGGCUCCCUCAAAGCUAAUUCCUCCUAUAGUGGCAGCCAUCGUCCUGGGAAUCUCGACGUCAAUGUCAGCCAACUGUGGUGGUGCAAUAAAUCCUGCUCGGGACUUGGGACCACGCCUCUUUACUCUGACUGCAGGCUGGGGCACUGAGGUCUUUACGUGUUACAACUACUGGUUCUGGGUGCCCUUGGUGGCCCCACUUAUCGGCGGUGUUGUAGGUACUUUCAUCUAUCUGAUCUUCAUCCACUGGCACCUGCCUGACCCAGAUCCCCCUGAGAGACUCUCCACUGUCCCCACUAUCAGUGAAAAAAUCCGGCAGCCCAGCACCACGUGGGACAACGGAGUGGAGUUAAAGUCUGCACAUCUCUAAGUGUUACUGUCAUGAAGAUAUGUCAUAAUGACCAAUACUGACAGUUAAAGACAGUAAUCUGGUUGUGAAUUAUGAUUGAUUGAGCAGAAUCUGAGCUUCGCCACUGUUAACACGCACACUAUCUGUCUCUUAUUCUGUUGGGGAAAUAAGAGGAAUGUCUUAUUUAUUUAUUGUAUGAGUGAACUUCUUUGACACAGCGAAGUAGACUGGAGGUAACUGAGAGAGACAUUGAUUGAAUCACAAUAAUGUUUACAUUGAUGUCUGUAUUGUUUAUAAUAUUGAUUUUUAAAUUAUAUUUCUGAGUUGUAUGUACUUUUUAUGAAAUACCAUUAUGACUAUUGAGCGCAUGUUAAAUUGAUUCAAUAAAAU